CAGGCUUCUCCAUGCGAGGCUUUCCCGGCGGCCGGCCGCUGCAACAGGCGAGUCAGGAGCUGAAGCUGGAUCACGAUGUACAACAUCAUUGUACAGUGUACUCCACCGUCUCCUCCUGUCAGGAUUAUGACCGCAUGAGGUGGUUGGCUAUGGCAUACUACUGGGCUAGUGAUGGGAGUACAGGUACUGUAGCACGGCGUCGUCCUAUCCUGGUCAACUUGCAACGGUCCUCGCUUGACUUGUUGUCGACAGCAUACAGUGCUCGGCCAUAAAUAUUUUGGAUUUGUAGAUUUUGGAAUUUUGUUUACCUCGUCUAACUCCAACAUCUGAAUGCCAGCAGUGUUUGUAUACCGAUAUACAGACUGGCCUCCGAGGCUAUCAGGCUGCAAGCCAACAAAAGCACACACUCUGGCGGCGACGAGAUGAAGACGAAGCACAAGGCACCUCAAUCUUCUCUUGUCCAGUCACUUUAUGGACCGGACCGCGAGACAUCGAGACUGGGUCUUGCUUUUGUGAUGCAUUAGAUACUAUUUUCUCAGGUCUCGCCGCUCACACAUUCGCCAAUAGACCCUUCACCUCCUCCUUAUGUUUGUCGGCCAGCAACUUAAACGGCUUCCUUACACCACCAGUUCGGUAGCCUUGCACCUCCAUCGCGGUCUUGACCGCCGCAGCAUAGUUAUGUCUCUCAAGGAAAGCGCAGAUGGGCCAGAUUUUCUUCCACAGCUUUUCCGCAGCCACCAGAUCCUUUUUCACCGCCAACGUUUCCCACAAUUGCACGGUCAACUCUGGGAUGACGUUGCUUGCUCCCCAGACAGUGCCUUUGCACCCUGCUGCCAGAGCGUAGAAAGUCAGGGUGUCCCAUCCAUUAAACGUGGUGAUCUCAUCACUGUGUCCGAAAAUCAGCUCCGUCAGAGCAGGAGCGUCGCCCGAAGUAUCUUUGAGAUAUUUCACUCCCACUUCCGACAAUCCUGCAAUCUCGGAAGGCGACAGCUUGACGCCACUUGCACUAGGAAUAUUGUAAUACACAAUCGGUAAACCAUUGGCAGCUUGGUGGACUUCGCGCAUCAGCUCUUUCACUUCUUCAUAAGAGGGUGCGUCGUAGAAUGGCGGCACCACCAUCAAAGCCGAAGCGCCGACUUUGGCCGCGUGCCGCGCCAGUUCAAUGUCUUCUUUGGUGCUCAAAGAGCCGGUUCCAGCUAUCACGGGCACACGGCCAUUGGUGAUCUCGAUGACUUGCUCGAGAAGUUGUUUGCGCUCGUCAAAGCUCAGGGCGGUGAACUCUCCAGUGCUUCCACCGGGGACGAGGCCAUGGAUUCCUGCGUCAAGGAGACGGUUGAUGUGGCUUUUGAGAAGAGCUACGUCGAUCUGGGAGCCGUCUUCGGUGAAGGGGGUGGUUAAUGCCACCAUGACCCCACGAAGUUCUUGCGUUUGUUUAGACAUGGUUUGGUGUAGGGUUGGAUCUUGUGAUGGUAUAUGUACGAUUAAUGAUGUUCGCGGGUCAAACCUUGUGCGUGAACUGGUAUACAGUCCAGACUACAACCUGUCUCGGUGAUUCUUCCGAAAGUACUGGCAGCAGGUGAUUCCGGAAGUACCACGUUACAAUGUUGUAUUCGGCGCAAUCUGGUCAGCCUUACUAGUAUGUGCCGUACCACGGAAACGCCUACCCCUUUGCAGUUAUCUGGGCCCCAUUAUCAACUUAACUCCGCAGGUUGGCCUGGGCCGGGCAUCGCCUAUUGGGGUCCAACUUUAAACAAUCUAGACUUUCUCCACAUUGGCACGCUGUAUGGAGUCCUGUCCAGGAGAUACAGAACAGCGGCUGAAGAUAGGCCGCAGCGACCCCGGAUAAGACCCAGCGAUAGCCGGGUGUACCCAACUCUCGCACGGAGAUUCUUGCCCGAUGCAGAUCCCCCAGGUUAUCAACUGUCGCCACGAGGCCACUGCUGGAGACUUGCUGUGGAUAUAAUGCUCGUGGAUCCCAGGCCAUGACCUGUGCAUCUCCAGGCCUGAAGCCCAUCCGACCCAGCUGCAGGUUCGAAAUGUCGCUCUCAGAGAAAACCGCAGCUCCAAAGGAGAUCUAUCCCGUCGAAACCAACGACAGCAAUGGCGGGAUCGGAUACAGCGAAACCCUUGACUUGAAGAAAACCAAGCGACACUUGCUCCCGCGGCACAUUCAAUUGAUUGCCAUCUCUGGUGCCAUUGGCACCGGCCUCUUUAUCGGAACCGGUGCUUCGCUGCAAAAGGCUGGUCCAGCCGGUCUGUUUCUCGGAUAUUGUAUCUAUGGCGGUCUUAUCUACAUUGCCUUCAACUCGAUGGGGGAGAUGGUAUCAUACCUACCCAUCGAUGGAUCCUACGUCGAGUUUGCCAGCCGAUUCGUCGACAACAGCUUCGGAUUUGCCCUUGGCUGGCUUGUCUUCUACAACUACGCUGUCACCGUUGCCGCCGAAGCCACUGCUGUUGCUGGAAUGAUCAACUACUGGAAUACGGACAUAAAUAAUGCUGUCUGGUGCACAAUUUUCCUGGUCUCGAUCAUCAUCUUCAACGUGUGGGGAGUGAAAUGGUUUGGCGAGGGAGAGUUCUACUUCUCGCUCUUCAAAGUCUUCCUCAUCAUAGGCCUUUUGAUCUUUACUUUCAUCACGAUGGUAGGUGGCAAUCCUCAGGGUGAAGCCUUUGGCUUCCGCAAUUGGAACCACCCGGGAGCUUUCCACCACUACAUCGCAAGCGGAACCUGGGGCAAUUUCCUCGGCUUUUUUUCGACAUUCGUGGGCGCUGCCUACGCAUACGGAGGCCCUGACUACAUUGCCAUGACCGCGGGCGAGGCCAAGUAUCCUCGCCGCAUUUACCCCAAUGUGUUUCGACGAGUCAUCUGGCGUUUGCUUGUCUUUUACAUUGGAGGUGUCCUUGCCGUUGGCAUUUUGGUUCCAUAUGACAACCCAGACCUUGGAUCCUCCAAAAAAGGAGCUGGCUCAUCUCCAUUCGUCCUGGCCAUGGUAAACAUGGGCAUCCCAGCACUUCCAUCGAUCGUCAAUGCAGCCAUCCUGACAUCAGCCUGGUCAUGUGGUCUGGCCAACUCUUACACAGCUUCACGUGUUCUCUACUCUCUAGCUCUUCGGGGAACUGCUCCAGCCAUCUUCCGCAAAACGGCCCGUGGCGUACCCAUCCUGGCACUAGCAGUAGUCGUCGGAUUCGGCUGCUUGUCUUACAUGUCCGUGUCCAACAGUGCAGCCACUGCUUUUGGGUACAUUGUCAACAUCACGGGCGCCACCUGGAUCUUGAACAUGGGUCUCCAGCAAAUCAUCUACAUUGGCUUCCGGCGCGGUAUCGAUGCUCGGGGUAUCGAUCGUUCCACCCUGCCAUUUGCCGUCAAGAGGCAGCUGCCGCUUGCUUGGUUCGCGCUGGUCUGCUAUAUGUUUCUUUUCCUGACAAACGGUUGGGUCGUCUUCACCCACGGCAAUUGGGCCUCUGAUAGCUUUCUGUUUGCCUACCUCAGUGCCCCGAUCCUGGUGGUGCUCUAUUGCGGUCACAAGAUCUACUCCGUCAUCCGUGGUGGUCGGUGGGGUCUCCAUCCAGCUCACGAGAUCGAUCUCGAUACCGCUCGCGACGAGGUCGACGAGGACGAGAAGACUUAUCCGCCCGUUCCGACCGGUAGGUGGGCCAAAUUCCUGCACUGGUUGUGGGGUGCUUGAACGGUGUAUUCUGAGCAACUCGGAAGCCUUGAUCGUUGACGGUUGACUACUGCAAGGUCUCUUUUUCCUCUCGUGAAAGAGAGACUGACAGGCUUUCCUCGGAAUCGGAGCAAAUGUAUAUAGUGUAAGAGGAGGGAAAAAGGAGUGUUGUGGAACCGGUAACUUGGUCUUUCUCCUCUAGGGGUCACCAGAACAACUUGAAACAACUUGAGUUCCUUAGGUAGGCUUCAGUUCGUCUUCGACAGCUGAGGCGGCCUAUAUUGUACAUUGUACAUUGUACAUUCUUGGGAGUACAACAUUGUACACUGGCAGUGUGCUUCUUGAAUUGCUCAUCCAUGGCAGUCGUAC